UAAAUUUGAUAUUUGUUUUAUAUCAGCUUGGCUCAAAAUUUAUAGCGAAAGUUUUGGCAAUAGUUUCAAAUAUCCGAUUUAUAAAUACUUUCCUUUUUUCUUGUUCAAGUCUGCAGAGGAGUGGACUGUGUGUGGCCACAUAUGCCAGUGUCCAAGAUGACGGACAAAAAGGUCAAAAUUGGCCAAUUGAAAUCCCUGACCUCGGAAGAGGCGCGCCGUGAACGUGCCGAGCGGCGCCUUAGCUAUGGCAAUAAGCUAUCGACCAUGAAUCUAAAUCGGAUGCGUAAUCGUCAGUGUGCCGCAGCAAUGAUCAAUCCCAUUGCAAAUGCAGCUAAACUGGUAUCAUCUAUGGGUAAAAUGGUGUUUGUUGAUCCAAAGCCAAAGCCAAAGGCAAAGGCAAGCCCCGAGUCUGAACCACCACACCAAAUGGAAGUAUUGAAACCAUCAGCAAAGGAGGAAGACCUCAAAUCAUUAUCUGAACAAGCAAAUCCGGAAUCAUCUCAAGAAGCAGCAGUAUUGAUGCCAUCGGCCUCUGUGACCAUGUCGCUGCGUCGAAUCGCCUCGAGCUAUGCUCAUGUGUGUGAAGCCGAAAUGGGCUGUGCGGAGGCUCUGCCCAAUGAAGACAACGAAGAGGAUGCCAGAGAAGAGCGUGCCGAGGUUUUAAUCAAAAGUCAAACUAUGCCGCCACCCAGCUCAACGCCAUCUCUGCCAGUGACUUUGCCGAUCCCAGGGUCAUCGGCUGCCAAUCCCUACAAGUUCUCGGCAUUUACAACGGCUUCGUCGUCGUUGUCGUCGCCAUCGUUUUCAUUGGUACAUUCGGGCAAGGAGGAUGAUGACCCCAUUGAUCUCUUGGAUCCAAUCGUUGAGACUCGGGCAACUGAGCGUUGGCAGCAGCUAGGAAACACUGUGUCGGCUCUCUUUAGGACUCGACGUUGCCAUGAUAGCCAAGAGUCGCCUAUGACACGUCUUCGACGAGUGCGCGAGCAGCGAGAAUUGUUGGAAGCCUUCACCCGUCCCUUUCUAUAUGAGUCGAUGAAAAGAGAUUGAGCAGCUUCUUCCCAGUCCAAUUGAUGCGAGCGAGAAAGAAAGAGCGAUUAACUCCUAAUACGUGUUAACAAUAAAUUCAAAACACAAUCGACUCUCCCACCCAACCAUAAGAAACAGGCCCUGCACACACCACACCACACCACACCACCCCACGCCACCUCACCCCCCACCC